AUGGAGGAGCUCAGAGCACAAGGUCUGUUGAAGAUGCACUGGUCUCCGGAGCACGCGGCCCCUCUGUCCCAGUGGCCUGAGCAGCACCUGGAUGUGUCUUCCACCACCUCCCCUCCCUCCUCCCACAAACACGACUCACGUGGUUACACCACUGCAGCCGGAUACCCCUGGGCCAGCGAUGACAUCUCUGCCCUCACCGCCUCUUCCUUGUUAAAACGCUAUGCUGAAAAGUACUCAGGCCUGGAGCUGCCCUACGAAAGGCCUGCCCCAGGGGCUUACUCAGAGCCUGGGGCCUUCCUGAAGAGUGAGACUGAGCCCUGGGCCCUGGGGCAGGGCAUGGAGUGUUACCCUGCGCUGGAGGCCCUGGCAGCAGGGGCCAAAGUGGGAUCCGCAUCAGUGGGCCUCCCUGGCACGGGCAGUGUGACGGUGGUGAACAGUAACUUGACCUCUGACCCUGGGUAUAGUGGUGGUGGCUCCUGUAAUGGCCCCCCCUCUCAGGACUACCCCCUCUCCUACAACAGCACCUACCUCUCCUCAGGAUACUGCCUCCAGCCCGGCUCAGCACUUCCCCCAGCCUCUCUGCAAACCACCCCCACCCUGGUGUCCAGCUACAACCCUACCAACCCUGUAUACAACUACCCGCCAGGCUGCUACCCCCACCUCCAGACCAGCCUGGCAGCCAGCUACAGCCACAGCCACCCCAGUGCCUCCUACCUCCCCUCUGGGCUGAGCACCCCUACCCCCCUGAUCCCCCGGUCCACCAUGGCGGGGGGCAGCUAUGGCUACCCCAGUCACAGCCUAGGGGCCGGCUCUGAGACAGGUGGGCCGCUGAAACGCAAGGCCUUUGAGAUGGUGGAAGAGGGGGAGGAGGGAGGAGAAGGAGACGGCUCGCGGUACAGGAAGUUCGUCAACGGCCACAGCAAGAGCCACGGCAAUGGUCACGGCAAUGACUACGACAUAGCGGGCUCAGAAGUCCAGGCCUACAAGCCCGGCAAACCUCUGGUGUCGCCUCCUUAUGUUGGCCAGGGCGAGUACAGCCCCUCCUCAGGCCUAGGUGGGGAGAGUGGGGGAGGAGGGGAACAUGGCUUUCCCCAUCAGAGGCUGGCCAUGAAGAUGCCUGCGUCACAUGCACGAUCUGAGGACCCAACUGGAGGACGCUAGAUCAGGCACUUGAAAGGAACACUCUCUGGGGGUCCUUCGGUUUUAUUGGCAUUUAAAAACCAAGUAGAGUACUUACUCUGACAAAAACUGGGGGAAAAUAAUAAUUGGAUUUUGCAAUGAGAGGUCAUGUGAUCUAACCUGGAAGGAGAGAAAAUGGCAAAUGACUUGAAUCCGCCUCCUAUCUUAUAUCAUUUUCAUUCUUAGAUUUUCUCCAAAGAGUCAAGGGGCACUUUGUCCAGUAUGGGUGUGGUGAGGUGGUGUGAUGACAGAGGGAGGGAUCUAGAUGGAUAGGGCUAAAUCAGGCAGUCUGAAUGGAUUACCGACUGCUUCUCUCAGGAUCCUAUUUAUUUCCCAAUCUGCUACUUUGGCAGACAGUGACAUUGCAAUGUUGUUGUUUUGAAGAGUUGCUCUCUUAAUUGGAGUGGCCACUUGAUAUGGAAAGGACGUUUGACUCUAUUACCUCCUACAGCACCAUAAGAAUCAUAACCUUUCAGACCAAAAAGUAGAGAAGAAGAACAUAAUUGAUGUGAUGUGCUUUAAUAACUUGACACCACGAGCACAAUGAUAGCUCUUCUGAGGCUUGGUGCCUCUAUACAACUCGCUUUGAAACGAAUGUCCCCCUCUCCCCCCUUCCCUUUUCCCUGUUUUCUUUUGACAGUGUUUCUAUGUUAUUUCUCCCACUUUCUCUACCUCUCAUCACUACAUUUUCAUCAUGUUUUCCCUUCCCUGCUUUUUCUCAGUUUGUUUCACUCACUCUUUUUCUUUUUCUGUUAAAGCUGCAAUAUGUAACUUUUUGGGCAACCUGACCAAAUUCACAUAGAAAUGUGAGUUAUAGAUAUGUUAUUCUCAUCGAAAGCAAGCCUAAGAAGCAGUAGAUAUAUUCUAUGUGCUCUAUUUCUAUGCUUACCGGUCUAGUUUUUUCUUCUUUUACUUUCGGUUUUGUACACCAGCUUUAAACAGCUGAAAAUACAAUAGCUUUGGUUAUUGAAAAUAUAUUUCACAGCAGUUUAGAUACAAUGUACAAUGAUUCUCUACACUAUGCAUUGCUUAUUUUGUCAAAAACUGAAAUUAGGUGAACUAUUGUUCAUUAUGCACUGUUACAUGCAGCUCUGUCAAUACAUUGAAAUACUUAAACCUGCAGAAAGAGAUACUUAAACCUGCAGAAAGAGAUAAUUGUAGAAACAUACUUGAGAGAGAGAAUUUUAACUACAGCAUAUAAACUCAGCAAAAAAAGAAAGUCCUCUCAUGGUCAACUGCGUUUAUUUUCAGCAAACUUGUGUAAAUAUUUAUAUGAACAUAAGACCCAACA